GCGUCGACAAACGGCGGCCUUGCGUGCUCUUCCUGUAGAGGUGGAUUUCCUUGGUGGGAAGUCGGGGAAUCGUCUAGGGUCUACUAGUAGGACUCGGCUCGGAUGCGGAAAAAGGAAAAGGAGCCCGAGAAAAGGAGGAAAAGCUAGACAGAUCGGGCAUCGGUGCAUCGGCGUUGUCAUACUCCGAAGAGCGGCCUCACGCGGGCUUCGUCUAGCGGCCGUUCCGCGGCUUUGGCGGCUGGCGCAUUUAUCUAGCCCCUUGAAUUGCACUUAACAUCGCAAUCGCAUAGUUAUCGGAAUAGUUCGUUGCUGGCCUAGUCCUAGUGCGGUGCGGAAAAUGGAGCAGCGAACCGUGUCAGAAAUCGUGGAACAGUUUGAGCCCCUUCUGAGGGUCUUCGAGAAGGACCCCAAGCUGACGAUAGUGCAUGCUGAAGAGGAGGCCGGGACCAAGUGCGGAGACAACUACUUGUCGAUAGUCGUCAGGUCGAAGAUAGUCGGCAGACGAGGAGACGGCUCGCCUUAUAACAAGACGUUCGUGUCGAAGCGUUACCCGUUUCACCGGAAGAUCGCCGAGUACAUCCGAAAUGCGGACUUCUUCCACAACGAGGCGUACGCCUACAAGGAGCUGCUUCCUCUUCUGGGUCCAGUUGGUCCAGCGUGCAUCUAUGCAGGUCCAGAGGCCAUCAUCAUGGAGGACCUGAAGUUGGCUGGCUACGAGGUCUGCGACCGGAUGGAUCUGCUGGACAUGAACCACUGCGUUUCCGUUCUCCAGACUCUCGCCUCGUUCCACGCCAAGUCGUACGCGCUUAAGCUGAAGGACCGACCAGGGUUCCUGAAGUUGGUCUCCCACCUGAAGGAGGCGGUUUUCCCCAGAGAUGAGAAGCCAGCGAUUGGGCAAGCUGUAGAGGCCAGCUUGCACCAUGCGAUUUUACAGCUGGAGUCCAUAAAGCCCAGGACGAAGGAUGUCGAAAAGGCGAUCGAGGCCGUGGGGGGUCUCAGAGGGAAGACCGUGGACAUCAUGAAGGAUGCCCUCUUCUCGCCGGAGGGCCAAUUCCAUGUCCUGGUCCAUGGGGAUCCCUGGAACAAUAAUUUACUAUUUAAGCACGACCAGGCCGGCAGGGUGGUAGACGUCAAGCUGGUGGACUUCCAGGUGAUGAGACACGUCUCGAUCGCCACGGAUUUCCACUAUUUCGUGAACUCGAGUGCCAAGUCCUCCAUCAUCGACGACCACUACGAGGACCUCGUCGAGACGUAUUAUAGGUCCUUCGUGGGCCACCUCAGGAAGCUCAACCUCCCCGAAGAGAACAUCAGGGACCUCACCCUGGACCUCUUCAAGGCCGAGCUCAAGAAAUAUGCCGAUUUCGGGAUUCUUAGCGGAUUUCUCCUGGUCAAUGCCGUCCUCGCCGAGGACGAGGACGUCAUCGAUCUCGACUCGCUGUCUGCGCAAGAAUUACAGGAACUCAGCGCCCGACCUAUUCCAGCUCGCCCGAGGAAGGCCGAAAGAGUUAUGUGCGUUACCUCGCAUUAUUUACGCACGUACUGUUAGGUGUUAAUUAUCACUAGACGCGAAACAAUCCUUGCGACACCCUAAGAGAAACGAAAAAAGGAAACCAAAGUCGGGGGAAAUUUCCAAACGCAACUACCUGCACAUCCGGCCUUACUUUUUAUCCGUCAAGAGUCCCACGGUAAUCCUUGAUUUUUUAUUUUUUAAUUCAAUACGAAUGGGACGCGAAUUGGAAAUUCACGUUUUACAAUCCCUCUUCUAUGUCCGUGUUUGACAUUACACUUGUAAUCCUGUGCACAAAAAAGUUAUAUAUAUAUUUUUUUUUUCUAACAUGCAAGCCAAAAAUACCAAACUGUUACAUAAUUCCGACUGUAAAUACACGUUUGUAAAUAAUACAUUGUUAACCGAUGGCCGCGAGAUAGGCUCUCGAGAAUAUUAAAAAUAUGGUUGUACUGUUAUA